UGCAGGUGCUUCUGGGGUGAAUUCCAAUCUUCUUCCUGAGAACUGUGGAGCCGUGCGGGUGUGGUCCUCUGGGUUUUCUACUUGUGUAGUCUGUUUCUAUGUCAAUCAUCAAAUAUUCACAUCCCUGUGCCACAGCUUUGAUAAAGCAACAGAGAAUGUUCUGACAAAUGUCCAUUUGUGGUCAGCUGUUCAGAAUUUUCAUCCACUGCGAAUCAGAUGACUUCUGACCCCACUUUGCUACUUGGCAUGUUGUAACUGCAGUAGAUGUAUCUACAGAUGACACAACCAUGCACACAUGCUCAUUAUCCAACUAUGUCAUACUCUAAAGCCUGGUUUGUGACCACAGGAGCCUCUGGUCUCUCUGUUUAACCACAUUAAGUCUUCUUGUUUAAGGAUCAUGAGCUCAACUCUGAAUUGCCAGUGUUCCCUUAUCACCUUUUCCCUGUCUUCAUUACUGGCAUCAUAAGUCUACUAUUGUUUGAAGGCCUACUGUCAACAGCCACCAGGAAAACUUUUUAAGGCUCAUUAUUUCCCUAAAUCUAUACACCACUCAUGAAAGAAAAGUAUCAUACAAGUUCCAUUCUCAGACAAAAGACCAAGUUUCAAAGAUUUAUAGGAUUUAUCUGAAGUCUCUGAACUCCUUUUAGAGGAGCCUGAAGUCAGCUAACAUACAGAGGCCUCUGUGUGUGUGUGUGUGUGUGUGUGUGUGUGUGUGUGUGUGUGUGUGUAUGUGUGUGUGUAUGUGUGUGUGUGUGUAUGUGUGUGUGUGUAUAUGUGUGUGUAUGUGUGUGUGUGUGUGUGUGUGUGUGUGUGUGCAGGGGUGCCUGUGUACAUACUUGUGUGGGUGGACAUGUGUGCACAUGUGUGUGUGGAGGCCAGGGGUCAACAUCAGGCUUCUUCUGAACGUCUCUCCAUAUUAUUUUUGGAAACAAGGUCUCUCAUGGAGCCUGAAGCGCACAAAUUCAGCUAGACUGGCUGCCAGUGAGUCUGAGAAUCUGCAUGUGUCUGCAGCCCUGGUGCUGGGGUUGUAGACACUCGGCUGCACCUAGUUAGUAUGUGGGUGCUGGGGAUCUGAACUCAGAUCCUUAUGCUUUUGACACAAUAAUCUACUGACUAGGCCACCUCCCCAAACCCUCGGUUUCUAGCUGAACAACAAUAAAAGGUCAUGUCUGCCUAAAUAUAUCCUGGGAAGAGAAAGAUUCAGAAGCAAGAAUGAAGGUCUCAAGUUCUUGGCUAGCGACAUCAGAGGAAGAGGUUAAAAUCCAUUGUCGUGUGAGAUAAUACAUGAUAAUUCAGGACUCCAUACCUCAGCCUUGGAGAGCUGCCUGUGGAGGUUUUCCCUUUCAUGGUGCAGACCUGACCCCUAGUGUGAUCUCUCAUCUAGGUCCUUGAUCCCAUACCAUCCUGGGGCUGUGGAAGAGGCUUACACGUAGACAAGCACUCUAGCAACACACCCCACCCCAACCACAGCCCUCCAUCAAGGCAAAUGCUGUGAGAAGCCAAUGGAACCAGGAAGAAAACUCACAGUUCUGGUUCCACCUCUACCCCUAAACACCAGGGUGACGUUGGAAAUGACGUUUUACCUCAUUGAAACUCAGGUCUCUGUUUUGAAACACAGGAACAGUAAGAACCUCUCAGUAUGUGAGAACACUUUGGUAUCUGAUAAGCAAGGAAGCAGUGUGGUAAAGUUCCAGUAACUCAAUAAUCAGCACAGUCUGCACAAUGAACAGCUGCUGAGCCUUGCAAAGAGCCCCAGUCCCACCGUCAGUGAUUGAACUUGAGCAUAACGUUCAAACAAGGUCUCUUCCAGACCCCAGCACAUGCACAGACUUCCUUUGCAUGGUCUUGUAAUAACAGUGGUCUGGACAUCCAUUUCAACCAGAAUUCGGCUUCUAGAAUGCAGGCUUGGUUGGACUUCUUGGCUUCUGUGAUGCAGCACUGGUAUCAUCCAGCCUUCUAGGCCUUGCCUGUAACCAGCUCCCCUGGUGUUACACCCAGUAGUCAGGCUCAUGCUGGGGUUUGUAGAGACAAAUUACUGUUGUCUCAGAUACUGUUGUCAUUUCCAAAGCAUACAUUUGAAAAUCUCAUGGCACACACAGGUAUAAUGCUUCUAUACACAGCACCAGUUGUCAGGCAUGUGGAUCUGUGCCUCCCUCAGUAUACAUGGAAAGGCCACCAAGCAUCUGGAACUUCCAGGCUUGGAAUUACAGGAUCGGGGACCCAAAUGACUGACCACAAUCUCCAAAAGUCCCUAUCUGCUGCCAAUGAGCUUGGAUCAUAGUAAGCUAUGUCUAGUUAUAAAGACACAAAAGUUGUAUCCACUGAAUAUUAUUUUUUUCUGUUUAAUAGAUAACUACAAUUUCACUUGCAAUGAAUUUGCAAAAAAUGACACCUAUCAUUAGCUUUAGUUCUAAUUAUUCUGUAAUUGUGCAAUUGUACAAAUUAUUUAUUAGUUGAUUUUUAAAGAAUAGUUUGAGCCAUGUGAUUAUUAAUCUCAUGUAUAUUCCUUCUUUCUAUAAUCAAAAGUGUAGAUGUAAAUCUGAAUGGUUUUAUUAAAUAAGAAACACAGAGCCAAAUGCAGAGUUAAAAACCCCAGAGGUCAGAGAGCUGAGACCAAGACGGCCUUCUUACCACCUGCUGCCGCUGCCGUCCUUCCCCCUCAGAAAGAGACCUACUUCCUGUGUGUCUGUCUUUUUAUUGAUUCUGUUCUGCCUUCUCAUUGAUUGUAAACCCAACCACAUGACCUCCUCGUCACUGCCUGUCUAUAAAGACCUCCAGGUCUUCUAUGGUUGGUAUUGAGAUUAAAGGCAUGUGUCUCCAUGCUGGUGGUGUCCUUGAACACACAGAGAUCUGCCUGUCAUGUGAUCAGGAUUAAGGGUGUGUGCUACCACUGCCAGGCUUCUGCUAUGGCUUGCUAUUAGCUCUGACCUCCAGGCACUUUUAUUUAUUAACAUACAAAUAAAAUCACAUUUCAGCACAAAUAAAAUAUCACCAUAUUUCCCCCUUUCUAUUUUAUUAGAAAAAAGGAAAAAAGUUAAAACUAAUAUAAGAAAAACUAUAUGCAAAAAGUAAAAUAACUAUAUACAAUAUAUACAAGCAAUAAAUACCUAAUAUGACUACAAGUUCGAUUGUAAUGUCUAACUACUAACUUUGAUUUCUUUAUAUCUUAAUAGUUGGUAAUAAUAGCAUUCAAGGAUCAGCAAAUUGCAUUACAUUGAACGGUAUAAGUACAAUAACUUGAACAAGAUUAGAAAUAUACGUAUAGCAUUUUCUAACAAUAUCAAUCUCAAUAUAUAUAAUUUGUAUACAAUAUACAAAAAUCCAAUCCAAUGUAAAGUACUUAAAACUAGUAAUUGUCUUUUAAAAGUAGAUUCAAUAAUCUAUCUUUUUAUCUAUAUCACAGCUAUAUCUUCUCUUUAUUUUUCCAAGUAGAUUCAAUAAUUACCCUCUAUUCUAUCAUUUCCAUAUAUCCUUUUUUUGAACAAGAACCAUAAAUCUAAUCUCCUUUGCUUAGCCCUUUUCCUAACCCUUAACAACAACUUGUAACCAACCAUCCUAAACGAUGAAAAUUAUCCCAGACUCAAAACUCAUUAAAAGACCAAAAAAAAAAAACCACCCACCUCACACCACCUCUUUGGGAAUGUGGGUGUUAUAUUCUUAAAAUUGCUUCCUGCUGGAUAUGGGCGAAGGUAUCUUUAUUCUGAAAAGAAAAAUUUUGGGUUAAUUGUCAAACUAUAGGAAAGGUAGCUAUAUCCUUUGUUGUCCAGUCUGUGCAUAAUGCCAAAGUUCAGGGCUUAUCUCAAGUCCUUAUUCAAGUAGUCUUUGAAACUGGAUCAUCUCAGCUAGCCAUCUCAAAAUUGCUCUGAGCAGUUUGUAGUCCAAAGCUGAUCUGUAGAUGAUGUUUGUCAGCUUAGUGGUAUUAUUAUUGUCCAUGUGGAAUUGUUGUUGUUGUGGGGCCCCAUCUUCUUCCUGGAGACUUCAAUUGAUGUUAGACCUGGCCAUGAUUUUCUGCAGAAAACUGAUAAAGACUCAAACACAAAGACAUGUAUAGGCAGCUAAUUGAAGCCUUUUUUUCUAGAAUUAGUACUCUAUAUGAUCAUUAAUAUCUUAACAAAGUUUAAAAUAUAUAUAUAUAUAUAAAUCUUUUAAAUUUUGAUAUAAAAUUCAUACUUUAAGAAAAGUUUAAAGAAUCAGGAUAGAAUCAAAGAAUUGAGAUUAGUAGUAAUAGAAUAGUCCCUUAAUUAAUUUGGUUUUUCUCCUGUCCCAUAUCAGAAGAUGGCUCUUUCUUCUGGCAUGAUACAGGGAGUUUGCAUUUUCCUUUUAACAACAUGCUUGAGUUUAAAGAAGGAAAGAGCCAUUCUCCAAAUCCAAAGCCAGCUUUAAAUUUUAAUUGGACUGGGACUACAAGAAGACCAAUAGUGAUAAAUUUCUUUAGAGAAGAGCAGAAACAAACAUUUAGAAAGACUUAUGAAGUUUUAUAGAUUAUAUACCAAUCAUUACCAUUGGUAAUCGAAUGAUAUACCAUUCAUUAUCAUUACUUUAAAUGCCAGGAAUAACCCAGGCAUGAUUUAGGGUUCAUCAGUUUACAAUGUAAUCCCACAUUUAUUGUGUAUAUGUAUAUACUGACUAGUUUUUGUCAACUUGAUGUAAACUGGAGUCACAUGGGGAAAGGAACAGAAAUUGAGGAAUUGAGGUCCAUCAAAUUGACCUCUAGGCAAGUCUGUGCAGGGAUUUUCUUGAUGAAAAAUUGAUGUGGGAGGACACUGCCUACUGUGGGCAAUGCCACCCUUGUGCAAGCGGUCCUAUUUUGUAUAAGAAAGCAGGCUAAGCAAUCCAUGAGGGCAAGGUAAUAGACAACAUUGUCCAUCCAUGGUCUUUCACUCAGUUCCUGCCUUCAGGUUCCUGCCUUGAGCUCCUGUCCUGACUUCCCUUCAUGAUGGACUGUAAUUUGUAAUCUUAAAUAAACCCUUUUCACUUUGAGUUGCUUUCAAGAAAACCAAGCUUAGAGAGUGUGUUUUUAAAGAUGAAUUCUGGAGUUCAAACUCCACAUGCUUGCAUGGCAAAAUCUUUCCUGGUUACACUAUCUGCACAGCCCCUUGAUGGAUAUUGUAACCUGACCAUAACCAGCUGGUAUAAGCAAAGGUCAUGGUAUUUACAGGUAAAUAAAUUGAGACUUAUUAGACCAUAUAGACAGUCACAUGUUGGAGCAGUGUCUCUGUCCCUGAGGAUAAGAACAAUGCCUAUGUUUCUCAUUUUGCCAGUACCAGCCUGGUGAAGGUGGUCUACAAAGAAUGACUGUGCAAAUUUAGAAAAUGUCCAGUGGCUUUCAGAAUGACCUCAAAAGUUCUACAAAAAGACAAGAAAGCAAGAGGAAUUCUAGUUGGGAAGAAGGUGGCUAGCAGGAAUUGGGGGCAAAGAACAGGUAACAAGGUAGAGGUAAAUAUGAUCAUAAUACAGUGGAUAUAUGUACUAAAUUGUCAAAAAUAAUUAUUUUUAAAGUUCUCAAUAUUCAGCACCUUACCCUAUUCUCAUCAAAUAAGAACUGUGUUUCCAAGCCCAUAGCAUAACCCUCUACUUAGUUUCUGCACACCCUUGGUGCUCCUUUGUUGCUCAGGACUGUCAUCAGCCAUUACCUUUAAUCCUGGAUACUUCUGGGAGGGAUCAGUGUUUGGUUAAUGGAGGAGGAAACAGUCAAAUACUAACCAUCCCUACUAGAGAACAAUACCAUCAGGUUUAUAGAAUCCAAACCUGCACAAUCCAGUCCACCCUGAUGCAGAUCUGCCUCAGAGAUUACCCCAGCUUGGUCCUGGAAUACACUAAGUGUUCUACUCUAUCCCCAUGAACACAGGGGUAGCUCUAGUGGAGUGGAAAUCUGGCUACCCGCAUGGUUUGGGUUGGGUUAUGUAUCACCCAAUCUUCAUGUAUCAGUGACUCUUUCCUGAAAAAACAAAAACAAACAAACAAACAAACAAAAAACAUGGACAGGGCUUCCUUUGGAAGUUGUCACGUUUACUCCAGAACUGCUUUGUGCUUUGUUCUCUAAAAGGGGCAUACUCUGGAAAGAAAGCUGACAGACAAUUAAUGAUAGUGACAGUACAGUAAAACAAAAGCUGUAAAUAUUCCCCAGCAAGAGUGCUGUGAGCAGGCUACCGAGCAUAGGAACACUCUCAUCUGGUUGGGACAAUCUGGAAACAUACGAAAGAGGAGGCAGUGCCAUUUACAGGGGAAGGUCUCUGUGUGUAGAUGAUAGAAAGGAAGCAUUAGUACAGAAAGGCUCACAGGAAGUCAAGUGUGAUGGGAAGUGACAGGUCCAUACUUUUGACUAGAGACUACGAUAAGAGCAAGAACACAGUGGGAAAUAUAUCUGUUCCCAUUUCCUGUGAGUCAACAAACCUUCUGUACCAUCAGGACACUGGAGUUCUGAGAAGGACUCUGAUGAAGCAGGAAAAGGAAAAUCCCCCUUAUCCCCAAUACCUCUUGCCAUGAAUCUUCUUCUUUUUUCAAUGGGAAAGAGCUUAGGAAUUUCUAGUUUGUUUCCUCUAUGAAGAUUGAGAAAUUGAGAGUCCUGGAAAUGGCAGAUUACAGCUUUUCUGGACAAACUAAGGAUGCUGAAGACACUAUCUAUACGCACUGCCUGGAUCAUAACUGAGAAACAACAGGACCAGAACCAUCUGUCAGUCAAGGAUUAGACUCGGGAGUGACAUAUCCUAAGUCACCAGACUCUUGUCAGCAGGGUUAUCAGGCAUCUACCUAACCCUGUCUGGCAUUUCCAGGGCUGACUCGGAGCUACUUACUGGGUUUCCAGGGUGUUCUUUGCAGGGCGCUUUGGGGAGAUAAGGAUUGGAGAGAGGACAAUGGAGGCUCAGAACUGUCGACUGUUAUAUUUUUUGUUUGUUUCCCUCCCAAGAACCACGUCUCUGUCACCCUUCUUUUAAUUAGGAUAUGUUGGCAACAAAUACCAUCAAAUUCUCUUCAUACAGCUGCUUCUGGAAACAGCUCUCUAGUCUGCAGAAAUGUUUAACUCUUUUUCCAAAGUGAAGAAAAAAAAAUUAUGGAAUGCGUUGGUCUUUUGACAUAAAACAACUUUUGCUCCAAGGGGAACAGUUUAUUCUUUAAAAAAUGAGGGACCAUGACCUGACAGCACCGAUUCAGGGUGUCUCGGGUAACAUGGUCCAUCCUGGAAGUUACACGAACCUUUUACAGACUCGGAACAAAAGAUAGUUACAAAUCACACUUGCUGGACAUACUGAUGGGACAUCAUGCAGCUGGGUGACAGCCAGACCAGGAAAUCUCUGCUAGAAGUCUCAGAUGUGCUCUGGUGACAUCCUCAUCUCCUGAAUUGGUACAAGCUAGACAGGUCAAGCUUAGCAAUGCAUUCCAAGUUUAAUCUGCAAGUCAAGUUGGUGUGAAUUCAGACACACGGGUGGAGGAUAAAUGGCUAUUAAAAGUAUUAAGGAUAGCCGGAGGUCAUUUUGGCUCUCACUGUAAUAUUCUAACUCCACAAUCAUGGAGUUAAUAAUCCGUCAGUCUUCUGAAUAUCUUCAAAAUGUGAGUGUUUUUAGGCAAAUUUGAUUAACAUUGUCUGCUACUUUGGGGGUACAGCAUAAGUAGCCACCCUCUAGCUACCCCACACUUCACCAUUGUGUGUUUCUUAGUGUGUGUAAGAUCUGAUGAGCAGGCUUUCAGUAAAGGAUGGAUUUGUGGCUGCUGCUAUGAUGAUAGAAAUUGAGGCCAUUCAAGAAUCUUCUUUGCGAGAAGUCACCUGCCACUCACCCCUUGAAAUGCCCUGGUGUCUCUCCCACUAACCAAUGGUGAUCUGACAGGUGACGCAUAUGACACCACGUCAGAAGAGACACUUAACAAAUGAUAUUGAGUCCGCCGAGCUGUGUACAAUGGCCUCUAGUGUGUACGUGUGCAUGCGAGCACGCAAGUGUGGGAGCAUGCACAGAUACAGUUGACAGUUACAUUCCUCUUGUGGCCCAGAAACGGUGACCAUGAAAUAGGGCAGGAGAGAACCCAAAGGAGGGUAUCACUACUGUGAAAGCUCAGCUGCUCUCCCAGACUGAAUUAUUGAUACUUUCACUUUAGAUAUUGCCAUGAAGUGUGGAGGAAAGGGGUUUGUACAAGUCAGUAUGAGGAAAGAUUCUUUCCUCUGGCCUUGCCUCUCAUAUCCACAGGGCCACUGGGUUCCUUCUGUCCAGUGGAAAAAGACCAUGCAUGAUCAUGUUAAGCCUUUUCUCUCACCAGCUGUAAAAUGCUACCUAUUCAGAGCAGAAAAUUGGGGUUAUUUUGUUUGAAUAAAAAUUGAAACCAUCAGGGACAUCACAAGAAAACCUAAAGCAUCAAUUAACCUGGGUUCAUAGGCUCUCACAGAUUCUGAACAGACUACUAGGGAGCCUGCAUGGGACUGACCUAGGACCUCUGCGUAUAUGUGACAAUUGUGUAGCUUGGGUCUUCUUGUGGGAUGCCCAGUAGUGGGAGUAGGAUCUGUCUCUGACUCUUACUGGCUUUUGGGACCCUACUUCUGAUACUGGUCACCUUGCCCAUCCUUAAUACAUGGGGAGGUACUUAGUUUUACUGCAGCUUGAUAUGCCAUGUUUUGUUGAUAUCUAUAGGGGGCCUGCUCUUUUCUGAAUAGAAACGGAGGAGGAGUGGAUGGUGGGGACGCCCCCCCCCCCCGCAAAGGGGAGAUGGGGGAGGGGCUAGGAGGAGAGGAGGGAGGAGAAACUGUGGUCCAGAUGUAAAAUAAAUUUAAAAAAUUGAAACCACAUCUGGUCGGGGCGGGGGGGGGGGCGUGAGGAUAGCUCAGUCUGUAAAAUAUUUAAAUUAAAAGCGCAGGACCUGAGUUUAACCCCAGAAUCCAGAAUAAGAAACCUUAAGUAUGGUGGUGUGUAUUUGCAAUCUCAACACCAGGGCAGUGGAGACAGGCAGAUUCCUGGAGCUCACUGGCCAGCCAGCCAGCCCAAAUGGGCAAUCUCCAGGUCAGUGGUAGACUGCCUCAGAAAAAGAAAAUGGAGUGUGGAAGGUACCUGAGGAACAACAUCUGAGGUUUACCUCUAGCUUCCAUGCCUGUGUACAUACAGAUGUGCACAUACACACAGGCACACACUGAUACCUUUUAGGGGCUCAUAAACUAGACAAUUCCAAAAUAAGAACUUAGAAUAUGUCUAAGUAACAGCAGCAGUUACUUAGUCAGAAAGGGGAAAAAACACUUUGAAAAGAAUAAUCUUCAAUAAACAGAUAUGUUCUUGAAUGCUUGAAUAAAAGAAACAAGACUUCUACGGCUUUGCAGGCUCCUGGAGAGGAGGAUUCCCCAGGAUCUCAGGCCUGUAUAAAGCACUGCUGAACUCAACUCAUUGUAAAGGGGGCCUCCUAGUCCUAAGAAGAUAGACACAGCAAGAGACAAGAUAGACACAGCAAGAGACAGUUUCAGCCAUGGUAGAAAGGGCCUGUAAUUAAAGGGAAGCUGCCUUGGGUCAGAAGGUGAGCUGGAGAAAAAAGGAGGUGGGGCUGGGCUGGGCUGAGCUUUGGAUGAAUCAAGCCUUCUUGUAGGGUGGAGACAUCCUGUCUAAAAUACAUACGAGUGCCAUUAAAUCCUCUAUAAAAGGUUCUCAUCCCACUGACAAGUACGCUACACACUGCUUAACAGAAACUUGUCCCAUCCUGUCCCAUCCUGCCUGGGCAUUAGGUAAGUUCCCUCCAGAGUAACUUCUUGCUCAUUCUCAGUGUCUUGGCAAGCUGAGCUCAUGAAUCCAGGGCUGUCAGAUGUGAGCUGUCAGGACUCAGUGCCUAGCUGGAGGUAGGAAGGGUUCCCACAGAGUCUCAGGCAGGCUGCAGCCAAAGCUCUUGGGAAACGCUCUUCUUCUGAGACAAUCCAGCUUUCUCCUCUCCCUGGCUCUAGCCUGCAGCUCUUCUCACUGGAUGGUGUGGGAAGCAGCAAUGGGGCCACCCACCACCCACGCACCUUCCUGGAUCAGCAUAACUUUUCCCCCUAAGGUUCUGGAAGGUUCUUUGCAGUGCUCAGAGCCUGUGGAAACACAAUCAGUUUGUCUUGCGUCAUAAGCUUCUUGUCUUAUGGAGGAAGGGACUAAUAUGAACUUCCUUCCUGACUCUAAGUUUAUAUAUACGCAAGAUGAAUUUGUAGAUUUAGUCUAAGAAUCUGAAUCGUCACUAAAAGGACAUUUUCUUCUUUUAGCUACUUAUGGGUCAGUGAUGAAAGAGUGUCAUGUGUUUAAAAACACAGGGGUGGGAGGUUUCCAUCUGUGUUAAGGGAGAUAUUUGAAGUUAUAUGCCCUAAGGCACACAGAGGGAAGAGUCUAAGUCACAGCCCACCUGGGGUCUAGACCUCUUCAAUCCUCCAGCCACACUGACUUGCUUUUUCUUGAACCAUGUCACCUUCUUUCCCUCACUCCUUGCUUCUCUACCUAUGCCAUCCUCUCCCCCACAAUCCUCCUUUUCAUCUCCAAGGUCCCUUCCCUGGUUUUCCAGAGGCUGCAAGCCUCCAUCACCCUUUGUACUGGAACCUUAUCAUCAUUGGCACCUCUCCUUCAGGUCUCCCCAAGUCUUCUGUUGAACACAUCUAUGCCUCUUGCCCACUCAGUCACACACGUCUUCACCUUCGCCUGCUUAAUGGAAAUGAACAUUUUCUCCUUUGACUGGGAACCAUCCAUCACAGGACACAGCCCUUUAGACUAGAUGGACCACGUAUCUCUUACCGAAGCUUACCUCUCUGACAGGUUCCAGGACUGAGGGCAGAGAGCAUAAGCAGAGCAUCUCGGCACCAGGAAGGCACCCCUAACCCUAGUAUCCCCAACAGGUGCAUCCCACCUUCUUCAAGAAUACCUUCUCCAGGGAAGAUGAGAGGGUAGGGCUGGAACCUUGGAGCUUCUGGAGAGCUUCAAGCCAAAAGAUGGGCUAACCUCUGUGUGUACUUACUGCCUUCUGAUAUUUCCAGUAGGACAUUAUCAUCCUAGAGAUAGGCAAAAAAAUCUGUCCAAAGGUAUAUUCUAAAGAACUAAUUGCAUAUGGGUUAAAAGAAAAUAAUGUGUGGCCUUCACAAAUCCACCUCCUCUGAGCCCUUUCCCUCACCUAUGAAAAUACUAGUGAUAAUAAGGGUCAUAAGCUAUGUUAUACAGGAAAGUGCUUUGUGAGCAGUACAGUGUCUAUAGAUGUACACAAAUUAUAUACAUGUAUGUGUAUAUAAUAAUAAUGAUGAUGAUACUUAAUAGCUACCACUUAGCAUAAACCAGGCAUCAGCAGGGUGCCUUUUAUGGAUUAUCUUCUAAGUCUUUAUGACAACUCUCUGAAGUAAGUGCUAAGUGUCAGCUUCAUUCACAGUGAAUAAACUGAGGCUCAGAAACGCGAAGCAUCUUGGACCAGCUCACAUCAGGUAGGUGGUGAAGCCUGCCAUUUAAAUGAUAACUUAGAAACUUCCUUCCAAGUUCUGGGGGUUUCUCCUUCCCACCAUCAAGUGCAUUUUGAGGAAAGGAUGAAAGAAGGUAGAGAGACCCAAAAUAUAGCUGAAGACACAGUGAAAGGGCUAAGUCACAGAGUAUUGUAAGGAGAGAGCAGGGGCUGACUAUGGUGCCCAUGAAGGGACUUUUCAUAUCUUCCAGCUUAGCUUCGCAGAUGCCUCAGCUGCUGCAAAACAUUCACGGGAUCAUCGAAGCCUUCGGCCGUUAUGCCAGCUCAGAGGGUGGCUGCAAAGUGCUCACGCGGGGGGAGCUCAAGAGGCUCCUGGAACAGGAGUUUGCUGACGUCAUAGUGAAUCCCCAUGAUCCCUCGACUGUGGAUGAAAUCCUGCGCCUGCUGGAUGAAGACAACACAGGGACUGUGGAGUUCAAGGAAUUCCUGGUCCUAGUCUUUAAAGUUGCUCGAGCCUGCUUUAAGACACUGAGCGAGAUUCCUAAGGGUGCUGGCAUGUCUGACAAGUCUGAACGCUGCUAUCCUGGAUCCUCCAAAGAGCUGGAGCAAGGCCAGAUAGGCGGCACUGGAGUUGGGAGGGAUGCAGCAGAGCAGUGCUGUGAGGACAGCAGCUGUGGGCAGAGGGAUCAGGCAUCUAAAGAACAGGUCAGGGUCGGGACACACACCCAGAGUCAGGAGAGCUACCCUACACAGGUCAGCAGUCAUGACAGGGAGGUUGAGUCUCAGAGACAGAAGAUGGUAAGCCAGCAAACACAAGUGACAGGACAAGUGGAGCAGACCCCGAGAACUGAGGACAAGAGUUGGACCAGAGAGAGGAGGUCAGAGAGGCAGUCACAGAUUAGCCAACAGACAGAGGAGACCACAGCUGGAGCCACAACUCAGAUCCAAGCAGGUGCUUUCCAGACACAGGGGUCCACCUGCGGCCAGAACAGAGGGACUAACAGCCAUAGCCAAGACAGGAGCCAGGCAGGCCAAGCUGCUACACAACAUGACCAGACACAGGCAGGGUCUCAUACUCAGACACACACCCAGAUGGUAGAACAGGGUUGGAGGCAGCAGACAGGAAGUGGCAGCAUCCAGACACAGGAAUCCAUCUAUGACCAGAACAGAGAGACUGAGACUCACAGCCAAGAUAGGAACCAGGCAGGCCAGGCUGCUAAAGAACACCACCAGACACAGGCAGAGUCAUACACUCAGACACACACCCAGACGAUGGAACAAGGCAGAAGUCAGCAGGCAGGAAAUAGUAGCAUCCAGACACAUGGGUCCAUCUAUGACCAAAAUAGAAGGACUGAGAUCCAUGGGCAAGACAGUAGUCGUUCAGGACAGGUAGGGACAGGACACUUCCAGACACAGGUAGGAUCAUAUUCUCAGACCUUGGAGCAUGAUAGGAGCCAGUCUGCAAGUCAGAUAGGGGCUCCAGAAAAGAGACAAACCCAGAUAGCGUCAGGUAUGGGGCAAGGCUGGACACCAGUAAGCCACUGUGAGACAGGAGAGCCAGUACUAGGAGGCCAGGUCCAGACUGAGACAAGUACUGUAGAAGAAAGACAAGACUGUAGCAGCAAUCACCCAAGUCCAAAGGGAGGGCAGAGAGAGAGUGUUCCCACCGUGAUUAGAGAUGAGUGGGUCAAUGACCACACAAGGGAAAUAGUGAUCCGAAGCCAGAAUCCAGGUAGCCCGCACUCUCCUGUUCCUUCAGCCCAGGGCCAGGAUACAGCACAGAUGGAGGAGAAGAAAGGAAUCCCAGCCAAGGGACAAUAUUCCUACUUGAAGACAGACCAGCCAUGACUUUUCCUGACUCCAGUGUCCAAUACCAAAAGACAGCUGGAGUGAGGUUAGCCUACCCUGCCCUGCCCUGGAACAUUGAUGGAAAGCCAUGAUGCUUCUCAAUUGCUUCUUUCUCAGCGAUCAUUUCUACAAGGUGCCUUCUUGUCUAAACUCACAUCUCUUGCCUGUUUUGCUGUGCAGACACUCUCAGAAACAGGAAGACAUGGAAGAGGUCCUCUCUUUACACUGAGUUCCCCUUAGCUUGCAGGGGUUUUCAGAGCUGUUUUAUCUCUGCUAUCUGUCCACCCAAACAAAUCAAUAAAAGCUUAAGCUCUGACCUCCAUGUUCUAUUCAAUAAUUUCUACUGAUGUGACCAACUGUGGGCUCUAGAGUUCUGAUGUUGACUUGAACACAGUCUCAUCACUCAAAGAGCACUGAGUUGAGAAAAUGUGAUCCUGAGAGUUAGAAAUAGCUGAAUAGAGGAGAGAGCACAUUUUGUACUUGGCAGAGAUGAGUCAGGGAUUGCCUUCUUCCACAAGAUGCUUUCUGUGACACCCCUCAAAGGACCACUAAGAUAUAUACAUGGGUAAAAUUACUGUCAUUCAUUUCCUCUAAUUCUAGAAUGUUAAGACUCUAUUUCCACACAAGGUCACAGAGGACAGUGCCUUGAGGUUACUAAUAAAUACAGGAAGACUCUCAGGGACUGUGCUGGGAAGGAAAGAAGACAUGCAUUACCAGGGGCUUAGCCAGGAGUGAGAGGCCCUGAGUUUCACCCCCCACCUCUGUGUCAACAUUAAUCCUUCCUAUUGCCUCACUCAGUGGGUAUCAACAAGACAUAGGGCAGAAACUCUCAGCUCUUCUUUACUUUGAGAAUCACCAAGAAGGCAGGGUUUUUUGUUUUGUUUUUAUCGGUAUGUGUAUGUACCUGAGUAUAUGCAUAUGCAUCAUACAAGAGCCUUCAGAGGUCAGAGUAGGCAUUAGAUCUCCCAGAAACUACAUGCAGUUGUGAGCUGCCAUUGGGGUGCUGGGAAUCUAACCUGGUCUUCUGCAAGAGCAGUAAGCGAUCCUAACCACUGAACCAUCUGUCUAGCCCAGGAAGGUAAGAGUUUCACUCUUGGGAUAAGCUUGUGACUGAUGUUUAUAAACUUAGUGGGUGGAUACUUGUAGUACAGAAUGGAGAGUCUAAAAGAUCUCCCAUACCAAGUAUGAAGAAAGCCUAUUUUUUCACUGCAUUGCUGGUUUGUGAAAAUUUCUAAGAAUAAAACAAAAAUCUAGUAGACUGAAUACCUCCAUACCUCCAAAGAUGUACCUCUGCCAAUUCCAGAAACCUGUGAAUAUAUCUCCUUAUACCUUCAAAGGGGCUUUGCAGGACACUGAGGUAGGGGCUGAUUCUUGCCUAUCUGGGUGAGCUCAAUAUAAACACAAAGGUCCUUAUAAGUGUGAAACAAGGGGGUCAAAGGUUAGUGAGAGAUAUGGUGGAACCAACAGCUAGAGCUUUGGUCAAGGGGUAAGGGAUGUAAGUAAACUCUCAAAGUUAGAAAAGGAAUUCCCCUAUUCCCCCUCAGAAGGAAUGCAGGCCUUCUAGCACCUUCACUGUAGACUUCUGGUCUCCAGGACUGUAGGAAUAAAAGUUCUGUAGUUUUAAGUUGUAAAGUUUAUGUUUAUUUGUGACAGUAGAAAUAAAAAAUGAACAUGAAGCAAAAAAACCCUCACCGAGGCCAAGUGUAAGUAUGUGGGGAAGGCAGGGCUGGUCUUUGUGAGGAUAAAUUAAUUUCCUAUCCACCCACACAGGACUUUGAGUAUAAAGGCUGAAGAUAGAUAGAAAGGAACUUGAAGGACCCAGGGAAUGUCACUGCCAUGAGUUCUUCCUCUAGAAUGAACACAGGCACAAAGCCGAAAUUGCAGAAACAUUUGGCAUACAAUCUGAUAAAGCAUGUUUAAAUACAUCUAAGUGCAGAACUAAGACAAAAGGAUGUGGACGAGGUGACAGAACAGCAUUUAAUGUUAUGUGCUCUGAACACAUAAAUAUAACCAGCUAACAAAAAGAGAAAGUCUAUGGAAAGCAGAGUUGGGGAGCUGGUUGUCUCAUGUAAGUACACACUUACAAGGGAAAACAAGGAGUAAAAAAAAUUCACUUCAAAUUAGACAGUGAGGAGGGGAAAAGGAGGAGUAUAUGAAAAUAAUUAUGAAGUUCUAGAAAACCCUAUUAUUUAUGUUAGAGAAUGAAUGAAUAGACAAUAGGUAAGGGGGGAUAGGGAAUAUGCAAUACGUAAUGAUACACUGCAACAAUGAUGAUAGAACAAAUGGGUGAACAUUGUGCAACACCAAAAAAAAAAAACAGUUCAGAAAUAAGGUAAAUAAAACAGAAACACAGAGAACAAUGUAACUUAUGCAUACCACAUGUUUCUAUAAGCAUGAAACAAAAUAAUAUGAAAGGAAAAGUGUCUGAUACAAUUUAUAAUGAUGUAAAGGGCUUGUCUUGCUAUUGAAAGAACAAUUUUUAUAUUAGAUUUAUCUGAUAAAAGAAACAAAGAGAGAACAAGAGUUAGAGGGAGGAAGGGACUUAUAAAAUAAUCUUUUAAAUGGGUGAGUUAAUAAUUAUCAUGGAAAUAAAGAUUCAAAUAAAAUUUUAAAAGCAGGGGUCAAGAUCUUGAUCUCAGAUUAGGCCAUAAAACAAGAAGGGCCAAGAAGAGCACUCUGGCCCCAUUUCCAUGAUGCCUCCUAGACAGAGGUGUAUCAAAAUGAAGCUGAAUAUCUCCUUCCCAGACACUGGAUGUCAGAAACUCACUGAAGUGGGUGAUAAAUGCAAACUUCAAAAUUUCUAAAAAAAGUGUAUGUUCACAGAAGUAGCUGCUGAUGCUCCGGGUGAUGAGUGGAAGGGUUAUGUGGUCCAAAUCAGUGAUGAAAAUGACAAGCAAGAUCUUCCCAUGAAGUAAGAUGUGUUGACCCACAGCAGAGUGCUCCUGCUGUUGAGUAAGGGACAUUCUUUUUAUAGACCAAGAAGAACCAGAGAGAAGAAACUAAAUUUGUUUGGGGAUGCAUUGUGGAUGCCAAUCUGAGCAAAGAGGGAGAAUAUUCCUGGCCUGACAGAAUCCACUGUCCCUCUGUUAUUGGGACCCAAAAGAGCUAGCAGAAUCCAUAAACUUUUCUAAUCUCUCUAAAAAAGAUAAUGACCACCUAUAUGUUGUCCAAAAACCCUUAAACAAAGAAGGUAAGGAGCCCCAAGCACUCCCAAUUCAACAUCUUGUGAAUCCACAUGUCCUGCAACAUAAAUGCCAAUGUACUGGUCUGAAGAAACAACACACUAAGAAAAAUAAAAAGGAGGCAGCAGUAUAUGCCUUUUUUUGGCCAAGAGAAUUAAGGACACCAAAGAAAAAUGCCAGGAACAGAUUUCCAAGUGAUGUCAGCUGUCCUCACUGAGUGCUUCUACUUCUGCAUCCAGUCAAAACAUAAGAAUUGUUUGGAGUGACAAAUAUAUGACCAGACCUUGAAAACAAGAGGACACUUUAAAAUGCCAAACAAAGAUACACUUUUUAGUAUCUGUGCAUUUGAUAAUAGCCAACUCUAAUAAAGUAGAGACUUUGGGAGACAGGAGGGAAAAAUGAAAGAAAGCAAAGUUGUAAGUAUAAAGCCCUCAACGGCCUCAGUUCAACACAGUAAAUGCACAGAAAGAACAGCCGAACCCAUAUGGUACACAUGUAUUUAUUUUAAGUGUGUGUGUGUGUGUGUGUGUGUGUGUCUGUGCCACAUGUAUGCAGGAGCUGGAGUUAUAGGUGGUUGUGGGCCACCCAACAUAGGUGCUGGGAACAGAAAUUGGGUCCUACAGAAAAAUUGAAACCAUCCUUAAAUCCUGACCCUCUCCAUCCCUCAGUAUGGUUUUUGUAUGAAGAACUUUCUGUGAAUGUGUGAAUGAAUGUGUAUGCAUAUGUUUGUGUGCAUGCAUGCAUUUAUGUUCUUGUAGAGGCCAGACCAAUAUAAGGUGCCUUCCUCAAUUGCUUUUCACAGUAUUUUUUUGAAACAGAGACUCUCACUGAACCCGGAGCUCUCAGAUUCACAUAGACUAGCCAGCAGCGAGCUUCAGGCCUUUCCAUUGCUGGAACUGCAGAUGCUUGCCACAGUACCUGGCCUUUAAAAAAAAAAAAUCAGUGUUGAGGAUCUGAAUCAGGUCCUCAUGUUUGCAUGGCAAGUUCCUCAAUGACUAAGCUAUCUCCCCAGGCCCUGUAUAAUUAACUAUUUUUUAAGUCAGUUUUAAUAUGGACCAAAUUAUUUCAUAACCUAGCAAUAAAAAAAUACACGUGGAAUAGUCAACAGCAGGCCACAAAAAAAUUCUCACCAACGUGACUGCCUAAACAAGGGUGACACCAGCAGACAAGCCAAAGCGAAUGGGGAAAGCCGGUGAAGUCUCAGCACUGCGCACGCAACUAAGGGCUAAGGAGUGCUGAGAGCAGGAGAGACAGGCUUCCCCAGGGAAGGGCAUCAGUCGGUUAUGUAGUACCACAUGCUCCGCCCUGAAAACGUACAUACAAGAAAGGGUAUACAGACUGAGCAGGUUGUACUUAGGAUUGUCUAAGUAUAUGAUAUAUACGUAGAUGUAUAUACACAUAUGCAUGUAACAUCAAUUAAUGGAAAAAGAGGCCAUGAAUUUGAAAGAGAGCAAGGAGGGGUAUGUAGGAGUCAGUGGGCACCAGGUUCGGAGAGGAGAACCAUCUCAAAAAACUCAGGUGUACCACAACAGAAAAAGAUACUUGAUGUCCACCUCUAGCGUCCACAAAUGCAUAAGUCCAUGAACAUGUACAUAUUCUACACAUACACAGCAAAAAACUUUUGCAUACUUAUAGAAAAGCAGUCAUCUAUUUCUGUUCCACACGUGUGUGUGUGUGUGUGUGUGUGUGUGUGUGUGUGUGUGUGUGUGUGUGUGUGUGUGUGUGUGUAUGCUGUAAUGCUUAUAAGCUCCUGUUGCAUUGGUCAGAGUAUGGAAAGUGGCCCUGUCUCAAACUGAGGCCUUCCAAAGUCCAGCAAGCCAGGUAGCUUCCCAGGGCUAGCUAAAGAGGGAAGACAUAUUGUACUGCCGCCCCCUAGUGGCACUUAGGAAUAGCGGCGCUAAAAUCUUCCGGAAGGGAAAUUGUUUUUUCUGGAGUGGGACACAGGAGAAGCGCAGUGGCAGUCUUUAACUGCAACACCACAGGGAAUGACCUGGAAGCUUCAGGCGCGCUCUACUCCCAGUUUCUCUGAGCAAUGGGGUUUCUGUUGUGUUUCUCUGUUGAGGAGUGACCUUCAUACAGCCACUCCCACCACCAAAUGGUUCUGUGUCUGUAGAGCCACAUCACCUGCAAGGACCUUGGUACCACUGUGUAGGUAUUGUGGCGCAGAUGACUGAUUUUCUCACCGGGGGAUCAUGUGCUUAGUGACAUUCCUUUGGUGAGUAGGAAGGCAAGCAUCCUAUGGAUUUCCUUCCACAAGGUGGAAAACGUGAUCUGUAUGUUUUUCUCAGAGGUCUUGAGAUCCAAGCUCUAUCCUGUUCUUGUCCUGGGUGUUUACAGGAACACGGUGGAUUUGUUUCUUAGCACUGAUGUAGACCACACAGUGUUGUGUGACACUCUUUAGUGUCCCCUGUUUAUAUAUGAGCAGCAAGUAAUGAAUGCCAGCUCCUUAUGCUAGAAGCUGCAUAAAGUGAGCAGUGUUGGGGCUGGAGAGGGAACACCCUCUACCUUCAUAUUUCCAACUAAGAGGAGGAGAGAAACUAAGGCAUCCACAUGACUUUUCUCUAGUGCCUGCAUAAGUGCUCAGGGGCUUAUAGAUCCCCAAGGCCCAGUUCUUACUGGGGGGCUGUGGGUUAGGCUAUGGAACACGCUAGAACAGAGGAGACUGUAUUCCCAAGGCAGCACCAUUCCUUGCCCAUCAUGACUUCUGUCACCACAAGCCUUCUUCUCGUGGCACAGAUCAUCUCUCCAGGAGAAGAGAUAGAGCAUGGAAUGGAGAGAAGAAAUGGCAACACAUGUCAUUAGCAGUCUCUGCCCAUGUGUCUGGGAAAGAAAAGUACACUAUUUAGGUAACCCAAGCAGCCAGAUGCUGUAUUAGAUGCAGGGAUUUGCUUGAGAUUUAUGUCAUCUUGUAUGGAGUAGGCAGGAACUCAGUCAGUGCAUGAUUUUAAAUGCCCUAAACAAUGAGACACAAACUUAGUUACAAAUAUAU